GAGGAGAAGACGGGGAGACAUCACCCACUCAGCUCGACCACCAUGGAGACACUCGGGGUCCCUUUUUUGCUGUUUUGGCUCAUGUGGAGCCACUCCUGCGCUGUCGGCGGAAAAGUGAAUAAGCACAAGCCAUGGAUUGAGGCAUCUUAUCAUGGCGUGAUCACAGAGAACAUGGACACGGUGCUUCUGGACCCGCCCCUCGUAGCUCUGGACAAAGACGCCCCUGUGCCCUACGCUGGGGAGAUUUGUGCCUUCAAGGUGUAUGGUCAGGAUGUUCCGUUCGAGGCAGUGGUGUUGAAUCGCACAUCAGGAGAAGGAGUGGUACGGGCCAGCAGCCCUGUGGACUGUGAGAGUCAGAAAGAGUAUACCUUCAUCAUCCAGGCCUACGAUUGUGGGGCUGGGGCCAGCGGAGCCGACUGGAAGAAAUCACACAAGGCGGUGGUUCAUAUCCAGGUGGAUGACGUCAAUGAGUUCAGCCCUGUGUUUCGGGAGUCACAGUACAAGGCAUCAGUAACAGAAGGAAAGAUCUAUGACAGCAUUUUACAGGUCGAGGCCUGGGACCAGGACUGUUCACCACAGUACAGCCAGAUCUGCAACUACGAGAUCGUCACUGCAGGAACUCCAUUUGCAAUAGACCGCAAUGGUAAUAUCAGGAACACAGAGCGGCUGAGCUAUGACAAGCAGCAGAGCUACAAGAUCAUGGUGACGGCCUUUGACUGCGGUCAGAAGAGAGCAAAGGAGGAUGUGGCUGUGCAUAUUGAUGUCAAGCCUGUGUGCAAACCCGGGUGGCAAGGUUGGAACAAGCGUGUGGAUUAUGAACCAGGGACUGGAAGCAAACAGCUGUUUCCUAAGAUGCACUUGGAGACAUGUGGAGGUCCCCUGUCUGGAGUAAAAGCUAUGGUGGAGCUGCAGACGAGUCACAUUGGGAAGGGCUGCGACCGAGAAACAUACUCAGAGAAGUCUCUGCAAAAACUCUGUGGUGCAGCAUCAGGCAGCACUGACCUCCUUCCUGCCCCGGGCCCAUCCACAAACUGGACAGCGUCUCUGCUGACUGACAGCGGCCGAGAGAGCGACCUCAUCUAUCGAUUUGACGGGCAUCAGGCUGCUAAUGUUCCAGAUCACGUGGUACCCCAAAACCUGACGGACCAAUUCACCAUAGCAACUUGGAUGAAACAUGGGCCCAGUCCGGGACUCAGAGCUGAGAAGGAAACUUUACUGUGUAAUUCUGAUAAGACAGAAAUGAACCGCCACCAUUACUCCUUAUACGUUCACAACUGUCGCCUGGUCUUUCUGCUCAGGAGGGAUUUCACUUUGGUCGACACGUUCAGACCCGCUGAGUUCCACUGGAAACUGGAGCAGAUCUGUGACAAAGAAUGGCACUAUUAUGUGAUCAAUGUGGAGUUUCCUGCAGUCACUCUGUUCGUGGAUGGUGUGACCUAUGAGCCCUACCUGGUGACGGAUGACUGGCCGAUCCACACCGCAAAGAUUGAUACGCAGCUGACUGUGGGUGCCUGCUGGCAAGGUGGUGAGGUCGGGACCCCAAGGUUCACUCAGUAUUUUCACGGCAGCCUGUCAGGUCUGACAAUCCGGCCAGGCCGUAUCGAGACCCAGAAGGUUAUCUCUUGUUUACAGGCGUGCAAAGAAGGUCUGGAUAUCAACUCACUGGAAAGCCUCGCUAAGGACAUCAAGUUCCACUUUAAUCCAGCUCAGUCUGUGCUGGUGGUGGAAGGAGAGGAUGUGGACAGCAUCAACACAGCCAUGACCAAAGUGUCCUACAUCAACUCUCGCCAGUUUCCCACUCCAGGACUCAGACGCCUGCACAUCACUACCUCAGUGCAGUGUUUUGGGGAGGACACGUGUCUUUCCAUCCCAGACAUCAAGUCAGUCGUCAUGGUCCUGCCGCCCAGUGAACCAAGAAUCACCAUUACAGGAUCUAAUCGACUCGUCAGGCCUGCUGGUGACCUGCGGGGUCCGCUGGGUGUGGCUCCCUUCAAGGAGCUUCACAUCACCAGCACAGUGAUGAAGGGAGACAGCUUCAGUGGCGUCCGCAGACCAGGUGUAAUGGAGGUGAUGCAUAACCUUGACUACUGUGAUGUGCUGGUAAUUGGAGAAGAACUGAAUCCAGACAGGGAGAGUUUGGAGAUUCAUCACAGCGCUCUGCUGGGAAAACACCUCGACGCCACUAACUCCACCUCUGGAAUAUCAAUAUAUGGUGUGGACUCGAUGGCCCACUACGAGCAGGCGCUCAGACAGCUGCGCUAUAGAAACUGGCGACCGGCCACCUUGAGCAACAGAAGAUUCAGACUCACCUGUUCUGAACUCAACGGACGUUACACCAGCAACGAGUUCAACUUGGAGGUCAGCGUUCUUCACCACUCAGCACCUGUGGAACACGUCAAUCACAUGGCUGCUCAGCCUCAGUACCUGAGACCCAUCCAUCACCCGCUCAUGAUUCACACUACGAACUUACACAUGUCAGGAUCAGCACCUCCAGCAGCCACAGUAGUGAUUGUAGUGUGUAUUGCUGCCCUGGUGGUGAUCGUAGUAAUUGGCGUUUACAGGAUCCAUGCAACACAUCAGGAGGUAUCCAGAGAAGACGAGGAUAGUGUCAAAGAUCCUGAGGAAGACUGGGAUAACUCUGCACUCACCAUCACUGUCAAUCCUAUGGAGAACAUACAAGGAGCUCAGGCACUCAAAGAAGAAGUAAAAGAAGAACGUGAGGAGGAGGCAGAAGAAGAAGAGGAGGAGGAGGAACAAGUGGGAGGAAUGACAAGUGCUGAGUCAGACAACAGCGACGAAGAUGAAGUGGAGGAAGAAGAGGAGAUGAAAGAGAGAAAGCUGAGGGGAAAACUGGAGUGGGACAGUUCUUCCAUAACAUACUGACCACACAAAGACAUAAACAUUAACAAACACCUGCACAUACAAACACUCUUUUCAAGUCUGUCUCUCCCUCUCUCUUUCAAACACACACAGACAAGCUCACCACAAAAACAUAAGCACACCCACAGAUCUAAAAAAUAUAUAAAUAUAUACAAUCAGUUGCUGGAAAAAACACACUCUGAAAAUGUCCACUUUGUCAUCUUUAGUUAAAUGUCUCCCUCUGCUGGACAAAGAUCUAACUACAGAACCAUCUUUAGUUCCCUAGUGCUGGAAACAUUGUCUGUACAUCCUUUAUUUUUCACAGUCAGUUUAACUGAAGUUAUGAUGAAAAAGCACGGUUUUACUAUAAAUGCAGAAUGGUCAUGAGUGCAGAAGAGUUUAGUGAUUAAUUUAAAUUCCCUAAUUUCUCAGAAAAAAAAUAUCAUAUCAUCAGAUUACUUUUGCAUUGUUUAUUUUUUUACCAAAUGGUUCGUCAUAUGAGGGGUUUAAACAAAUAUAGCAACUAUAAACAUAUCUGUCAGUUAAUGUAUCCAUGAAUGAAAUCUUCAGCCCAUGAAGAAGGUGUAACGUAACUGUACUUUCACUCAGUGUGUCUCCUCUGUUGUCAUCUCUCUCGUGCUGAGUUUCUCCAAAUAUUUCACAGUGCUGUAUUUCUAUGGUCUGGACACUAAAGAGAUACAUUAGAUAUGUUGUCGCUUUCCAUAAACUUCCCACUUUAGAUUUAUGUAUAAAAACAGUUGUAUUAACCAUGAAAUAUCGUUCAUAUUUUUGUUUCUUAUAAGUAUUUUAAAACUCAAAUGAUCAUCGUUCCAUCAGCCAUCAAGCAAAUGGAAAAAGCUCUCUGUAGACAAAGAUACUUCUGGAAACAUAAUGUGUGUCUGUCUUGUGCAUUGAUCCAUACUGUGGUCUAAUAUUGCCUGAGCUGUUUCAAGUCAGAUUGGUUAGCAUUUUUAUUUCAAAGAUUUUUUCUCUUAUUUCCUUGUUUUGACAGAGUAAAGUGAGCCCUCUAUGCAAAUAUGUGCUCAGUUUAAAAUGAAAUGAACUAGAACAGAGUUUUUUGGGGGUUUACCUGAACUUAUUUAAAACUUACAAGUCAAUCAAAUUAUAAGAGACAUAUUUAAGACAGGAUUAAAGUUUUAACACAGGCGCCCGGUUGGCCUUGCAGUUAUCUUAUGCCCCCCCAAACACAGAGGCUGUUGUCCUAGAGUCUUGUAUUCUUCGUUCUUUACUCUUUCCACUAUGUUUCCACUAUGCUAUCUGCUAAAUAAAGACAUAGAAGCUCUAAAAAAAAGGGCAGAGAUUUUAGUACUAAGUAAGGAUGUAACGGUAUCAAAAUGUCAUGGUACGAUAAUACGUUGGUAACAAGACUAGGUACAGUAUUGGUUGCGGUAUCAAAGAAAAAAACAUAAAUAACGACCUUGGGGGAAAAAAAGUGACAUCACUUAUUAAACAACAGUUGCACUUUGGAUGUUACAGUAUGUGACAAAAAGUGCCGUAGGAGAGCAUUAGACUUAAAAAUAUAUACUUCUACUUCAGCUCCAGUGUUUAGAAACUUUUAAAGCCUUUGUUUUCCUUCAGCUGAAAAUGGCUGUAGGUCUUUGGCAAUUUAUACCCUGAUACACCUUGUUAUCUGUUGAGCCUGCCACUGUUGUGGUAAAGUGGGAUUGGGAAUGCUUCCUUAGAAGUCUUUUGGCCUGGCUGGAUUCUGCUCCUUGCAUAUUUAUGAAUCUUUUCUUUGCCAGGUGGCUCCUCAUAUUACUUGUAUUCCUGAUCAAGUGUGUCACCACAGUCUGGCAGUGUCUGCAUAUUUUUUGUCUCUUACCUUUUCUCCUUUCUCAUUCUGUGACACCGGGAAACCUAAAUUCUCUCACACGUAAGGUUUAUAAGUCACUGAGGCCUCCACAAUCUCAGAAACUUUGUCCCUCGGUUCUCCGUCGCCACUUUGUGCAAGGUCGGAUGGGUGACUGUUGUUCCCAUGUCCUUUAACUCUGCGCCACUAAAAAACUGCUCUAUUUGCCCUGAAGACCUAUGGUUUAAAACUGUCACAUCUUCAUGACGACACCCAGACACUUCUGUCACUGUGAUACCACUAAAAUUACAGAUACAGUUACAUCUCUAGGUUAAGGUAAUCAAACAAGUAAGCUCUGAAUCUUACACAGCGGCAUCCUCUUAUACUGAAAAAAGCCUAUGCUGAAAUGCAAAAACUGCAGAUCCUUAAGUUUCCACUAGAGGCUGUCUGCAGAAGCAGUGAAAGUCACAUACACCAGUGUUCAAAAGCUGAUUUUUACAGCAGAAUUAAACGUUAUUAAGGCCUGGUUCCAAAGAUUUUUGUUGGAAUGGUUCUUAUCUUUAUGUGAACACACUGCAAGGGGGUAUUUUUUAACUUGUUUGUUUUCGUUUUAGCAGGAUUUGAGUUAUACAUAACUAGGGGCUUGGCUGAUAUGAUUUAAAGCCAUAUGGUCGUUGUCAGACCUGCCUCAGCUCCAUCUUCUUUCUCUGUUUCUCCGCUGAUCUAAAGUUAGAUUGAGACAGCAUUUUAAUAUUGCAAUCACUGCAGACUGGCUGCAAAGGCCUCCCUAAGUAACCAAAUGGUUGACAUCACUCAGGCUUUGCCCAAUAUUUCCUACAGUCUGGGAUCUUACACUUCUCCUAAUGCAACUCAGCAUUGUCCCUUCCUUGACAAAAAGCCUAAGAGCUGGUUACAGAAAGAUUUGAACAGGCUGAUCAAACUGACAGGCUACAGACAGCUGCACAAAGCAGUUUGAUUCUCUAUCGUCAGUUAUUCCCUUUGAAUUCUGGGUAGUCAAAGACUUACUUAAAGCUUCUCAGAGGAGGUUUUUUACUUGUUAAGAAACAGAGGGAAUUUGGUAUGGAUGUCUUAGUAUGACCUACAAAAGCACACUGGAGCAUCAGUGACAGGAUUUCUAUAUUAUUAAUAAUGGAUGAAGUGGCUGCAGCAUGGUUGUGUCAGAUAAUGUUGGAACAGCCUUGUUUUGACAUUUUACACAGCACAGACUGUCAUUGAGGGAUUAAUGAAAAACUCAUGCACAGCAUGACAUCAGCAAAGAACUGAAAGGUACCUCUUUUUCCCCAGGGGGUACCAAAUUUGACAGCCCAAAAGUUCUUCAUAGGAGCUUUAAUAUAAAACAGCACUCAUGUAGUCAGUUCACUUCAAGAGAAAAUUUUACAGCAACAAUAACAAAAACUUUUCAUGGGUAAAAAAUAAACAAAUAAACACCCCACAUGCCAUGGCUGCUGUAUAGAGUACUUGCUCUUUUGAAAAGUAAACAGAAAUUCCUACUCCCUCAUUUGGUGGAAUGACCCUUUAAAGUAAGGAAAACUUAUAGAUGCAUGAUGAUGAAAAGAAGCAGAGUGAUACUUCAUUUUACUUGUUUACCAAGUCAUCAUUUUUACCCAAAUCCACAAGAAUUAAUAGCAGAGAUUGAUAAUCAUUCAUCAAUACUGAAUCAAUCUUAUACCAUCAAUGUUGUUAAUUUGACUAAAUGUCACUUCAUGAGUUUUUAACCAUUCAAUGACCUUUAUGUGACUCCAGAUCCCUUUUCAUGUUCCUGUUUUUACUCAAAGAAAUCCACUCUCACACAAACCAUCAGUGAGUGGUACACCGCCUCCUCACCUCCCCCUCCUCCUUGUUCCCCCUCUCCUCCCUCUGUCAACCUCUUGUGAUCGUGAUGUCAUCAUUGUGAAACAACUGCCUCAUUUCCCACAUCAACCUUUGUCAUAUUGUGCUUCAGAAAGAUUCAAGAGAAAAAAAAGAUUCUUUUACAAAUAAAAACAAACCCUGUAAAAAUGUUCAAGACAGUUAUUUUAUAUAUGCGUUUCUUUUUCUUUUUGUAAACGAUACAGUCGGGAUUUCUUGCUCUU